UGUGGCUAUAAAAUGGUUUGACAGACUUUGUGGAAGAAUUGAUGAGAAUAUCUUAUGUCUAUUUGGAGUGAUGGGGUUCAGGCAAGUGUCUGCAGUGUCUGCAGCGCUGCUGUUGAUCGUGGCGUUUGGCUGUGUUAGUGAUGCUUGGAUCUCCAGAUGGUUUUAUCCGAGAUUGGGGUUUCUGCAUGACGGUGGAGUUUCAGCCCAGUUUGACACUCAGAAACCAGUGCAAGAAGACCCUGCGGGAGAGGACCCUGUGGGACAAGAACCUAGUGAGCCCAUUGUUGAGCCUGUGGUGCAGGAGCCCGUGGGACAGGAAACUAGCCAGGCUGAAGACCCUGAGAGCUUCCAGUCCAAGCAGACAUUUGAGAACCCUCUGACUUGGCUCUAUCCUUCGAUUGAGAAGCAUGAGUGCAAUUCUACAGUGUUUGAGCGGCUAAAGCAGGUGGCAGCCAACAGUGUGGUGGCUUGGUGUGGGCAAAGUGUGGUCCGUGUGGAGGUGAAACAGGAACUUCUGGGGAUUGGCUGGCUCAUCCAGCCAGAGCGUAUCACUCUAAGAUGCUGUGCUGCCAUUGAGGAGGACGCUGAAGCUCUUGUGCUCACAUUUGAAUCAGAGCUGCAUGGCUGUGGCAGUGAGCUGACGAUGACUGAGGAUGUGCUGAUCUACACCUUCACUCUUGUAUAUGAGCCAAAACCUCUUGCUAACAUUUCUAUAUUGAACACCAGUAAAGCUAUGGUUGAUAUUGAGUGCCACUACUUGAGGAAUCAUGAAGUGCGCAGCAAUUCCCUGAAGUAUGCUGUUGAACCUAGCAAGCCUGUGGGCCAAGAACCUAGCCAGCUUGUUAUAAAGCCUGUAGAGGUAGAGCCUGUGGGCCGGGAACCUAGCGUAGAGCCUGUGGGCCGGGAACCUAGCGUAGAGCCUGUGGGCCGGGAACCUAGCGUAGAGCCUGUGGGCCGGGAACCUAGCGUAGAGCCUGUGGGCCGGGAACCUAGCGUAGAGCCUGUGGGCCGGGAACCUAGCGUAGAGCCUGUGGGCCGGGAACCUAGCGUAGAGCCUGUGGGCCGGGAACCUAGUGAGCGUGUUGGAGAGCAGCCUGUAGGCCAGGAACCUGUUGGAGAGCAGCCUGUGGUCCAAGAGUCUGUGGGCCAUGAACCUGGAGAGCAACCUAUGGGCCAUGAGCCUGUGGGUCAAGAACCUAGUGAGCCUUUGGGACAGCAACCUGUUGGAGAGCAGCCUGUGGGCCAGGAACUUAGCCAGCAGCCUGUUGGCGAGCCUUUGGUCCAGGAAUCUAGUGAGCAUGUUGGCGAGCAGCCUGUGGGCCAGGAAACUGUUGGAGAGCAGCUUGUGGGCCAGGAACCUAGCCAUCAGUCUGUUGGCGAGCCUUUGGGGGAAGAACCUAGUGAGCAUGUUGGAGAGCCUGUUGACCAUGACCCUGUGGGCCGGGAACCUAGCGAGCCUGUGGGCCGGGAACCUAGCGAGCCUGUGGGCCGGGAACCUAGCGAGCCUGUGGGCCGGGAACCUAGCGAGCCUGUGGGCCGGGAACCUAGCGAGCCUGUGGGCCGGGAACCUAGCGAGCCUGUGGGCCGGGAACCUAGCGAGCCUGUGGGCCGGGAACCUAGCGAGCCUGUGGGCCGGGAACCUAGCGAGCGUGUUGGAGAGCAGCCUGUGAGCCAGGAACCAAAUGAGAUUUUGGGUAAUGAACUUAGCGAGCCUGUGGGCCAGGAACCUAGCCAGCCUUUGGGCCAAGAACCUAGUGAGCAUGUUGGGGAGCCUGUGGGCCAGCAACCUGUUGGAGAGCAGCAUGUGAUCCAAGAGCCUGUGGGCCAUGAACCUGGAGAGCAACCUGUGGGCCAUGACCCUGGAGAGCAACCUGUGGGUCAUGAGCCUGUGGGUCAAGAACGUAGUGAGCCUUGGGGCCAGCAACCUGUUGGAGAGCAGCCUGUGGGCCAGGAACUUAGCCAGCAGCCUGUUGGUGAGCCUUUGGGUCAAGAACCUAGUGAGCAUGUUGGAGAGCCUGUUGACCAUGACCCUGUGGGCCGGGAACCUAGCGAGCCUGUGGGCCGGGAACCUAGCGAGCCUGUGGGCCGGGAACCUAGCGAGCCUGUGGGCCGGGAACCUAGCGAGCCUGUGGGCCGGGAACCUAGCGAGCGUGUUGGAGAGCAGCCUGUCGGCCAGGAACCAAAUGAGAUUUUGGGUAAUGAACUUAGCGAGCCUGUGGGCCAGGAACCUAGCCAGCCUUUGGGCCAAGAACCUAGUGUGCAUGUUGGGGAGCCUGUGGGCCAGGAACCUAGCGAGCCUGUGGGCCAGCAACCUGUUGGAGAGCAGCAUGUGAUCCAAGAGCCUGUGGGCCAUGAACCUGGAGAGCAACCUGUGGGCCAUGAACCUGGAGAGCAACCUGUGGGCCAUGAACCUGGAGAGCAACCUGUGGGCCAUGAACCUGGAGAGCAACCUGUGGGUCAUGAGCCUGUGGGUCAAGAACGUAGUGAGCCUUGGGGCCAGCAACCUGUUGGAGAGCAGCCUGUGGGCCAGGAACUUAACCAGCAGCCUGUUGGCGAGCUUUUGGGUCAAGAACCUACUGAGCAUGUUGGAGAGCCUGUUGACCAUGACCCUGUGGGCCAAGAACCUAGUGAGCCUGUGGGUCAGGAACCUAGGGAGAAUCUUGAAGAGCUUGUGGGCCAGGAACCAAGUGAGAUUUUGGGUAAUGAACUUAGUGAGCCUGUGGGCCAGGAACCUAUCAAGCAGCCUUUGGGCCAGCAACCUGUUGGAGAGCAGCCUGUGGGCCAGGAACUUAACCAGCAGCCUGUGGGCCAAGACCCUAAUGAACCUGUGGGAGAGCAGCCUGUGGGCCAGCAAUUUAGCCAGCAACCUGUUGGCGAGCCUUUGGGCCAAGAGUCUAGUGAGCAUGUUGGAGAGCCUGUGGGCCAAGAUCCUAGUGAGCCUGUGGGAGAGCAGCCUGUGGGUCAGGAACCUAGUGAGCCUGUGGGAGAGCAGCCUGUGGGUCAGGAACCUAGCCAGUCUGUGGCCCAAGAGCCUGUGGGCCAUGAACCUGGAGACCAGCCUUUGAGCCAGGAAUCUGUUGGAGAGCAGCCUAUGGGCCAGCCUUUGGGGCAAGAACGUAGUGAAGAUGUGGGCCAAGAACCUAGUGAGCAGCCUGUUGUCGAGCCUUUGGGUCAGGAAUCUAGCGAGCCUUUGGUCCAAGAACCUAGUAAAUAUGUUGAAGAGCCCGUGGGCCAGGAACCAAGUGAGAUUUUGGGUAAUGAACUUAGCGAGCCUGUGGGUGAGCCUGUGGGCCAGGAACCUAGCGAGCAGCCUGUUGGCGAGCCUUUGGUUCAGGAACCUAGCGAGCCUUUGGGCCAAGAACCUAGUGAGGGUGUUGGAGCACAGCCUGUGGGCCAGCAACCUGUUGGAGAGCAGCCUGUGGGCCAGGAACAUGUUGGUGUGUCUAGCCAGGAAAAGACCUUGAGCGCUCCCAGUCCAAGCAGACCUCUGAGAACCCUUUGACUUGGAGCUAUCCGCAAGUUGCAAAGCCUGAGCACAGGCCUACUGUGUCUGAGCGGCUGAAGCAGGUGGCGGCCAACAGUGUGUCGGCUCAGUGUGGGGAGAGUGU